AUGUCUGUACAGCAACCUGGACAGUCUGCCAUUGGGCGGUUCUUGAGUCUGCUCCCUUCUUCUCAAGAUCGUCGCUGUGUGACUAACUACAUUGCAAUGCCGAGAGAAUCUGAGAAGGCCAAGCGUAGCUGUGCUGUUGAAGCUGGCGACAAGUUGUUGAAUGCUUCAAAUCUCACGUCCAAGCAGUUGGAAUCAUACGAACGCAUAAUGGCCUUCUACGAGGAACUGACGUUUAUGAACAAAGUAACUCCGCAAACUGCUAGCCACAGACACCUCCAACCCGAGCAGGUAAUCGAGACCCAGGAAACGCUUUUGUCAUUCGACUUGAAACUUUUGGACAAACGUCGAACCUUUUUGAAAGUAGUGAAACAUUCUCUUCAAGGCCACCAAGAACUCGACUCUAUCGUGGAGGAAUACUCAGGUCUUUUCCGCUUGUUAUACGAUCAACACAUGCAAUUGAUGAAGCUGACGAUGCUUGCGUUGAGCUUGAAUCCCAAUACUACAGUUGUUGGCUUGCUGGGUUCAAUCAUUAAGCUUUUGGUCAAAAUUGAAUCUCGUCAUGAAAUUCUCUCGUUGAAUUUCUCCAUUGGUGAGUUCACGAGAUGCGUCGAUGAUGAACGCACUUUGUAA